AUGGAUUUUCUCAAGUCGGCUGUGGCCUCGGCCAUGGCCAAAGGGCCGCCCUUCCCGUACAGCUUUGGUGACAGGGUCGACGUGGACGAGUCCAUCUGGACACUGUACAACGGCACCAAGAGGGAAGAUGGUUCCAACUGCAGCAUCUUCUCCUUCGACGUCACCGCUCACAGAGGUCUCCUUCCCCUGGCCAGAAACGCCCUUCGAAAGCUUCGCACCAUCCGCCACCCUGGUGUAAUCAAAGUUCUUGACACGGUCGAGACGGAAACAUACAUUUAUAUUGCCACCGAGCGAGUCGUUCCGCUGCGAUGGCACGUCCGACGCAAAUCCCUAAGUCCUGAAACAAUAAAAUGGGGUCUACACGGCAUUGCUCGCACUCUCAAGUUCAUCAACACCGACGCCUCCUCGAUCCACGGCAGUGUUAAGGUCGGGUCGAUAUAUACUUCGGAAAGUGGCGAGUGGAAGCUCGGCGGCUUCGACGUCCUCAGCAGCGUCAAGGAGGACGAAUCUACAAUAUAUACCUACGGAAGUCUAGUCCCCGACUCUGCUCGAUACUCGCCUCCAGAAGUCGUACAAAGCGGAUGGGAUGUCAUCAAGAAGAAUCCUCAAUCGGCCGUCGACGCAUUCAACUUUGGUGUGCUGAUAUUCGAGGUGUUCAAUGGCGAUUAUAACGGCCGUGACAAUGCGGGACAGACUCGCGGCGUUCCUCCCACAAUGCACUCUAGCUACAAGCGACUAUGUAACGCGAACCCAAAGGCUCGCAUAUCCGUUGCCGCAUUCCUCGACCAAGGAGGCCGUCGCGACGCCUUUUUUGAUACGCCGCUCAUCAAACUCACAGAGGGAAUUGAUAAUCUAGGUAUCAAGUCAGAAGAAGAACGCGAGCAGUUUUUAGACGACUUGGAGCAGGUAUCCGACGACUUUCCUGAGGACUUCUUCGUCAUGAAGGUCCUCCCGGAGCUCAUGAAAUCCGUCGAAUUCGGUGGUGGUGGGCCUAAGGCCAUAGGUGUUGUGCUAAAGAUUGCCUCGAAACUGUCGCAGGAUGAUUUUGAGACAAAGUUGAUUCCCUUUAUUGUCAGAAUGUUUGGCAAUCCCGAUCGCGCCAUCCGAGUUUGUCUACUAGAUAGCCUGCCUCUCAUCAUCGACCAACUGCCGCAAAAGGUUGUCAAUGACAAGAUCUUUCCCCAAAUCGUCGCUGGCUUCACAGACGCGGCACCGAUUGUGCGAGAGCAGACGCUCAAGUCAGUCUUAGUCUUGAUCACCAAGCUCUCGGAUCGCACAAUUAAUGGCGAGCUCCUGAAACACCUUGCCAAAACGGCUAAUGACGAACAACCCGGUAUUCGCACUAAUACCACCAUUUGCCUUGGUAAGAUCGCAAAGUAUCUCGGAACAGGGUCAAGGUCCAAAGUCCUUAUAGCCGCUUUUACACGAUCGAUGCGAGACCCGUUUGUUCAUGCUCGCAACGCUGCCCUGAUGGCCUUGGCAGCCACAUCCGAAUAUUUCACAGAGGAAGAUUGCGCAAACCGUAUCCUCCCUGCACUCUGCCCACUGCUCAUUGACAAGGAAAAAAUGGUCCGGGAUCAGGCGACCCGCGCUAUGGACUCGUACGUUGGCAAGAUCAAAAAGGCAGCAGCAAAUAUGCCGGACACGGCGUUGCCACCGUCGCAGGCUGGUGAUGGCCAGGCUGCUCGCAUGGGCACGCCCCAACCGAGUGCUGGAUCUCAGGGUUGGACUGGCUGGGCUAUUUCGUCCUUUACCAACAAGAUGUCGACCGCGGCGGGCGAUAUGCAAACUGCCAAUGGCUCAACGCAGGCACCGAGAGCGUCGUCCUCUCCCGCACCGGACGCCCGCAAGCCGACAUCGUCAGCAUCUAUGCUACACAGACAGGCUCUUGCUUCGCCGCCCGCUUCUACGGCAGCACCCUCUCCCACACCGAGCGCCGUAGCGGAAGAGUUUUAUGCCGACGGGGCGGACGACGCUGGCGGCUGGGGGGACAUGGGCGACAUGGACGAGGACGGCGGAUGGGGCGCGGCGACCGCCGCCAGCGAGCCAUCAACAAGGUCGGCGCCCGCUACAGCGUCGGCGACGCCGUUUGACGAGGGAGAGCCCGACUUUGCAGGAUGGCUUGCGGCCCAGUCGCAAAAGAAGUCUGGCUCGAAGCCGCUGCCCAAGGGCUUGGCAAAGGCUGGCCCUGCAAAGAAGGCGCCUGCGAAGAAGCCAGUGGCGGCAAAGAAGAUUGACCUCGCGCCAAAAGCGGAUGAUGGCGAUGAUGAGGGCUGGGGAGAUGGCUGGUAG